AUGCGAGUUGCGCUCCUCAAAGGUCUCACCGCUUGCCUAUACCUCACGCGGACCCCAAACCAUGAGAAGCCAAAGCUGAACACGCAAAGAAGGCAUCCUCUCGUUGAGGCAUACUACGUAGAUGAUGACCACAACGAGGCGAAUUUAUAUAAACAUGGGAAGGAAAAAUCAUGGCAUGGUGGAAAAGCUAAGAGGAGCCUUUACGUUUACUGCUUUAGCAAGAAGUCCAUUCGUCGUCACCAGAAGGUAUUAAAACGAAGCCGGAGAACUAUGACCAGCAUGUCAGUAGUAACAGAAAGGAACGUGGAGGAGGGCAUACACCUGUGCGGUGAGGAAAAGUUCAAAUUAGAAGAUAUAUCCACCUGUCUUAGCGAAAUUUUUGAAAAAAAAAAAUGUGAAAAUAUUCCAUUUAUACAAGUUGCCCCCAUGAUAAAUGUCACCAAUAGACACUUCCGGGCGUUAGUAAGGACCAUCACAAGAAGGGCCCAAUUGUGGACUGAGAUGAUUGUUGACAAUACUUUGCUGUACAAUCUGAACAAUUUAGAAGAGCACCUAGGUUUUAACUCCAAUGAGCACCCAGUCGUUUGCCAGUUGGGUGGAUCUGAUGCCACUUCCCUCGCGGAAGCAGCUGUGCUAGUGGAACAGGCGGGUUACGAUGAAAUAAAUUUGAAUGUAGGGUGUCCAAGUACCAAGGUAGCUAAUAAGGGAGCCUUUGGAGCAUACUUGAUGAAAAAACCGGAGCAUGUACGAAGUAUAGUAUACGAGAUUAAGAGAAAAGUCCACAUUCCUGUAUCUGUAAAAAUUAGAACAGGGGUUGAUGAUUGUGAUUCUUUCCCCUUUCUAAGAUCCUUUGUCGAAUGUGUCUCCUCAGUAGGAUGCACUAAUUUUAUUGUACACGCAAGAAAAGCCUGGUUAAAAGGAUUGGAUCCGAAGCAGAAUAGGUCCAUACCCCCAUUGGAGUACCACAAAGUGUACACCCUGUGUCAGUUAUAUCCCCAUUUAAAAUUUACCCUAAAUGGGGGGGUCAAAACGAUGGAGGAAGCUGUGGCUUUGCUAAAUGGCUACCUACCGAGCAAAGACAAAUUUGAUGGCGAAAAAAGUUAUGUGAAAGUGGAAAACUAUCAUGUGAAUCCCCUCAAUGGGGUUAUGCUUGGACGAGCUUGCAUGGAGAACACCACCGUUCUGUCCCAAACGGACCAGCUGGUGUAUAAUGAGAGGCCCCCCCCCACAGCAUUCAGCAGAAGAACCGUGUUAGACGCAUACAAAUCUUAUUUGGAGGAAAACUCCACCUUGUGCAGCUUAUCAAGUGCGUUUGAAUUGUUAAAGCCAAUUUUGGGCAUCCUUAAGGGUAUGCCUGGCCAUCGAAUUUUUAGAAACAAACUGGAUACAUACAUCAGGAAUUAUGCCUCCACCUUGCCGUGUUCAGGCAUUUUGGAGAAGGCCAUGGUGGACGUGGACGCCGCGGCCCCCGGUUGCCUGGAUCUACCCCUGGCUGACUACAAGUUGCAGCAGGAGUACGUUAAAAAUUAUUAG